UUACACUACUGGUUUGCUGUUUUUCUUUUAAUACCUUACAGCAUUUCUUAUAAUUUCAAGUGAUCAACUAAAAAAAAAAACUUAUCUUGAAUCAUACUGGUACACAAAUUAUUUACUAAUUGUUUUUAAAUCAGCUAAUCAAGUAAAUUUUUCUUAGAUAAAUUUUGUGCAGAUUCCGAACCUGCCCUUAUUUUUUACUCUAGCUCAUCAGAUUUAUAUCAUAAAUGUAAUAUAAUAAUAGAAUAAAAAUAGACAUAAAAAAAAAUGUCAAACAUACUUACUUUUAAGGGCAUGAAAAGCCACCUCAUUAAAAGUAGCAGUUCAGUAGUUUUAUCUACAGUGUUUUCCAAUUUGGAACAGUCCAAUUUAUUUGAGGUAAAUUUGCACCAAUGGGUUUGUUCAUUGAGCAGCAUUUGAAUGCUAACGUCAAUAUGCUAAAAUGUCCACGUUGAACACCCAACCCGUUAACACGGUAAAUUUAUUCAUUUCAGAAUAAGUCGACGAUAAGAUACUGCCUCAGUAAUUAAUUUCAUGUUUGCUAUAACGAGAUUAAGAUAUUUUGUGCUAAUUUACAGCAAUAAUAUUAAAAGAAAUUCAACAUGCUAGCAGAAAAGCUAAAAUAGCUAAAUGCUAAGCGUUAACUUCGUAGUCAAAUAACAUUACCCUAAUUUUAACGAGAUGUGUAAAAGCAAAGUUUCAGUUUCAUAUUUUCUCACAAUUUAAAAUUAUUCCCUCGCAUUAUCUGGCACGCUUUUAACAAAGUAUCCCAAUGAUCAGGAGUAAUGAGAUCACUUAAUAUUCAGUUGUUUGAUAAGAAAUAAACCAACAUUAAUAUUAAAUGUAUUUUUAAUCUACGUUUUAUUUUAGUUUGCCAGCUAUAAAUAUUCAACAAUUCUUCCAAUUUCUGGGAAACGCUGUUCUGCCAUACCCAUUUGCUUAUUUGUUGACUGUAUUUUGUGUUUGUUUUUAAUUUAAAGUCAUGCAAGGUGGAAUAUUGUGUCCCUGAACUGGAAUUUGAUUAUGACGUCGUUGUACGGGCGGGCUACAACCUGGAAUUAUUUGGAGACCUCCGGGCUGUCCAAAACCUGCGGGCCCUAGAGGUGGGCACCACUAGCCAGGGGUCUUCUCUCAUGCCUGGAAUCCCGCAGAACAUCCAGUUCAAGAGGAAGAUACUCAUCAUGUGGAUGUUCAAGGUAUGUGAGGAGCAGAAAUGUGAGGAGGAGGUGUUCCCGCUGGCAGCCCACUACCUGGACUCAUACCUGAGCCACCAUGUUGUGCCAGACUCAACGCUGCAGCUUUUAGGCGUCGUCACCAUGUUGCUGGCUUCCAAAAUGAGAGAGACUUUUCCUCUGACAACCACCAAGCUGUGCAUCUACACAGACUUCUCCGUUACAUUGCCAGAAAUCCUGGAGUUUGAGGUGUCAGUGGUGUCCAGGCUAGGCUGGCGUCUGGCCUCCGUGCUCCCCUCUGACUUCUUGGAACCCAUUCUUCAUGCACUGUCCUUUCUCCCGACCCAGCACCUUCCUAACUUGCGCCGACAUGUCCACACCUACGUCGCGUUGGCAGCCAUCGAAUUUAAGUCUUCUGACUUUUUGCCCUCCACCCUUGCUUGCGCCUGUGUGACAAUGGCAACACAGCAGCUCAAAUUGGCAGACUCACCAGAGUCACUGCUCAAGUUUCUAGCCAAUCUCCUGGUCAUUGAUCUGGGCUCCAUCCUCCUCUGCUACAGCCAGCUUCAGAGAGUAGCGGAGCUCAACCUGCUUUCCCCUGUCCGAGCCGCUGUUUGCAGAUCAGAGGUCUGUCAGACACCCGUCGAUGUUGUCAGCCUUUCGUUGACGUCAGUGACGCCUGGUGAAAACCAACUGGAAACUCCUCCCUGCCAACACAGGCAAGUGUGAAUGUAGCAGGCCAAAAUAUCUUUCUGCUCACACAGCAAAAAACAUUUGUUGUUUGCAACAGCAGAGUGCUGCAAUGUUUUUCAUUUUCUAAUGACCACCGUGUUGAAGAUUGUUUUGAGGUACUUUCCAAAUCUUAUUGCAGUCAGCUUUCAAAUUUGUUGUUGCACAUUUACUUGUAUCAAACAUGCAGUAAUAUCCGAGUUUCAUUUGUAUUUUGUAUGAAAAGCAUGUUUAAGAUCUUUAAGUUUAAUAAAUUUCAUUGUUACUACAAACAUUAAAAGCCGGCAUGAUUGACAGCACGAAGCAGCACUUUAGAUACUUAAAAAAAUAUUUAUUGAGGCCCUCAUCCCAGUAACAAGAGUGACAAGACAAUAACUUUGGCACAACAAAAGGUAUUGAAAUAAUUAAAAGCACAUGAAGUUGUACCAAAAAUACCAAUACCUGCUUUCAUGAACACUGCUCCUUUAAUUAUUGAAAUGACAAGAAUGAGCUGAAAUUCUGACAAUUCAACUUUGCAUGUUAUCUACACACAUUUACAUCUGCUUUACAUUCCCGAUAAGCUUCAGUUUGUUCAAGAAAAAACUGAAACAAAACCGUUGCCAUCAUCAACAUUCCAGUUUUAGAAGAGUUUUGUGUUUAUCCUCUUUUUACGUUUGCUCAAUACAGUAAUUUCACCACCAUUUAUCAUGACAUCACUUUCUGAUGGUAUAACUUACUGUUGUGAUUUAGAAAGUAAUAUCAGAAACUCCAGUGUAAAGUAAGAGACACAGAAAUGUCUUUUUCUUAAACCACAAUUGAAUGCCAUAAAACAAACACUAAGCGUAGUUAUCAAAUUUUUGUUAAUCAAGCAUUUUGAUAGCAUGACGCAGUUUGGAUCGGUCUGUUCACGUGUAAGCUAUAAAAGAAUAGCAGCUCUUAUUAGGCUUUAGCAAAAUCCCCAUAGCACUUCCUCAUGAAAUGGAAGACCUG